AUCCAGUAUGUGAACAUACUUUGAGUCUUGACACAGUUCCUCACAAGAUGAGCUAAAAAGACUUGUCCUCCUUUGGAACGUGGAGCCAUUUUGUGCCCAAAUGGGCAUUUACAGGAGCUCUCGCCCACCUUAUAAAGGCGGCGAGCCUCCUCCCAGCAUGUUUGCACCGGAAACGCCUUGAAAAAUCGGGAGAAAGAGCCGUUAAAGCGAGAGUUGUAACCGCCAAGAGAGGGCGGAACAGAGGAGUUGAUCGAAGAAGUGAGAACGCCAUGAGGAGGGAGCCUGCUUUCGAUGCCGCCUCCCCUUCACCUCUCGGAGCUCUUUCAGCACUGCUUCACCACCCAGCAACUCAAGCAGAUCCACGCUUACCUCCUUGUCACCGGCCUCUUCACGGACGAGUUCGUCAUCAAUAAGCUUCUCCGCCGUUGCUCCCAGCUUCGCAAUGUCCCUUACGCGCGGCAAUUGUUCGAUGAAAUCCCUCAGCCCAACGUGUUCCUCUGGACCGCCUUGAUUCAUGGGCAUGUCGAGAAUGGGAUGUACGAAGAAGCUUUGCUCCUGCACCGAUCUAUGGUGGGGGUUGGCACUGCUCCUUUGAGUUUCACCGUCUCUUCUGUUCUCAAGGCAGCGCUCGGGUUGUCUCAGGUGCAAUACGGUGAGUCGAUUCAUGGGCAGGCGCUGAAGUUUGGUUUGGAGUCUGAUUUGGUUUCGGCUAACACCAUUCUUGACUUCUAUUCGAAAAGUGGGUGCUUUGAUUCUGCCUAUCGGCUGUUUGAUUUAAUGGUUCACAGAGAUGUUGUUUCGUGGAACGUGAUGAUAGCUUGUUGCUGGAGGAAUGGAGAAGUUGGUCGUGCGAAACAGUUGUUUGAUGAAAUGCCUGAACGGAAUGUGGUUUCUUGGACGACGAUGAUUUGUGGGUAUCUUAAGACAGGGGACAUGGUUGCUGCACGUUUUCUAUUUAGCCAGAUGGGUCAUCAUGAUGUCGCUUCCUGGAAUGCCAUGAUCAGUGGCUACGUAGACUGUGGUGACCUUCAAGCUGCUCAAGAUCUUUUUGAGAGGAUGCCAGGGCGAGCUACUCGACCUUGGAACCUGUUGAUUGAUGCUUACUGUAAGGUUGGGGAUAUGAAGGCAGCGCGUGGUUUGUUUGAUGAAAUGCCUGAAAGAGAUGUGGCAUCAUGGACAAUGAUGGUUGAUGGUUAUGCAAAGAUUGGAGAUAUAGGGUCUGCUUGUUUCUUGUUUGAUCAAAUGCCUUUGAAGAACCUCAUGUCGUGGACAUCUAUGAUAAAUGGCUACACAAAGAAUGGGGAACCAUACAAGGCACUGAUGCUAUUCAAGGAAUUGCAAGAAACUGGGCUUAGGCCAGAUGAAACUUGUGUUUUGAGUGUUAUUCCUGCUUGUGCACAGUUAGGAACACUCAACAUCGCUGAGAAGAUUGUCCAAGAUUAUGUCCGGUCGGGUCCAUGGUCUAACCUUCAACUAGUCACUUGCAUAAUUGAUAUGUAUUCAAGGUGUGGGAGUAUUGGAAAGGCAUUUCAAGUGUUCAGGGAAACUUCCAAAAAAGAUUUGGUCUGCUACAGUGCCAUGAUCACAGCUUUUGCCCAUCACGGUAUGGUGCAUGAUGCAAUACAACUUUUUGAGGAGAUGUUGAGAGAGGGCAUCAAGCCAGACGAAAUCAUCUUUAUUGGCAUUUUGACUGCAUGUAGCCAUGCAGGGUUGGUUGACGAAGGCAGGAAGUAUUUUAACUCCAUGACUACGGACUAUGAAUAUCUGCCCUGCGCUGCUCACUACUCAUGUAUGGUUGACCUUUUUGGCCGUGCUGGGUGCUUCGGGGAGGCUUAUCAGCUUAUCCAGAGUAUGCCUAUGGAACCGCAUGCUGGCAUCUGGGGGUCUCUGCUUUCUGCUUGCCGGCUUCAUUGUAAAGUUGUGCUAGCUGAAAUUGCUGCGGAACGACUAUUCGAGUUGGAGCCACAUAAUUCUGGCAAUUAUAUUCUUUUGUCGAACACAUAUGCAGCAUCACGUCAGUGGAGCAAUGUCUCCCAGGUUAGAGCAAAAAUAAGAGGAUUUAGAGUUAGAAAAACUCCAGGAUGUAGUUGGAUUGAAAUAGAUUCUUCAAUCCAUCAAUUUGUCAUGGCUGAUAGGUCACACCCCGAAUCGAACAGUAUCAAAUUAAUGCUGGACUUACUUGGUCAUGAAAUGAAACUUCUUGGAUAUACAUUUCAGGAAGCCUUAUAAGCUUUUUCUUUUCUUAGCAA